CCAUAUUAUUAUGCAAAUCGCGAUAGCAACAGCUGCGUUAAAAUUAGAGUGAUAAUUUUUGAAUAUACUAAUUAAUAUACGAGGAAGCAAUUGUUAAGCAGUGACGCAUUAUUCUAUUGACACCAAAGAAACACUGAAAAGGCAUGGAAAUGAGUGCGACUAUGCUAGCACGUGUCUCUUUCUAUCCCACACUGCUCUACAAUGUGCUGAUGGAGAAGGCAACAUCCAGGAAUUGGUACGAUCGCAUCGAUGACAACGUUAUUCUCGGUGCUCUGCCCUUUCGCACUCAAGCCAAUGACUUGAUUGAAAAGGAGAAUAUGAAAGCUGUAGUGUCAAUGAAUGAGGAUUACGAAUUAACCGCCUUCUCCAACGAUGCGCCCAAAUGGAAGGCUCUGGGAAUUGAGUUCCUGCAACUGGCGACCACAGACAUCUUCGAGUCACCCAACCAGGAGAAACUCUACCGUGGCGUGGAGUUCAUGAAUCGCUUUCUGCCAUUGUCUAAGCGCAUUUCCAAAUUAAAUAGCGCACAAUAUCCCGAAAAUAAUGGCACAAUUUAUGUUCAUUGCAAGGCGGGAAGAACUCGUAGUGCCACCUUGGUGGGUUGCUAUCUGAUGCUGAAAAACGGCUGGACUCCGGAUCAGGCAGUGGAUCACAUGCGUCAGUGUCGUUCGCAUAUUUUAUUGCACACUAAACAAUGGGACGCGCUUAGAAUAUUUUAUGCAAAUAAUGUGGAAGACAAGUCAUGACCCGACUCCGACUCUUAUUAUUAGAGCAAUAUUUAAUUGUUUAUUAUAAGGUGCUAGUUUUUGUCAUUGUUGUUGUUAGCGCUGCCAAAACUAAUUAGUGCUGUUUUUAAAUACAUUUUUUUGUAAAACACCA